CGCCGUUCGUUCGACGACUCCUUGGUUGCCAUGGCACGAAAGGGCCCUUUGGCGCGUUUGGUUGUCGCCUCCUUGGCUCUUGCGUUCUCCUCUUCGCGUUUGCUAUGCUUCCAUGCAUGCCGGACUCCAAGCACUUGCUCAACGGAGCUUACAGGUCACCGGCCAGUCACCACCGGUCACUGGUCGCCCUGGGGAGGUGGUCAUCGGGCUGUGGAGCCAAUCCCCAAAUCGCCCAAAGCCUGGCGCAAGGCGCUGCCCCAUGACGCCGUGCCGGUGCGGCAAUUCCUGCACUUGCACCGCUACCUGCAGAUCUGGAGGGUGCACUGGAUCGGUCCAGAGAACUUGGACCGUGCCGGGCUUCGUGUCACCGGAAUGGACACCUAUGCCAUUGUGGCCUCGGUCUUGCUGCAAGUCAUCACUGGGUUCUAUGGGUCUGUACCGGAGCCAGAUGAUACGGAUGAGCGCUUGAAGUACCCAAACCUGCACAGGCUGAUGUACGAAGGGCAGAUGAUCUUUGCUUCAGUGUCAGUGGUAUGUAGUACUUACACCAUGGUCAUGUUUCUACUCUGCAAGAUCUACUCUGUGAUGGCAUUAGGCAUGUACAAGGACGUGUCAUAUGACCUCUUCCAAGCCGCCACUGGAAGGUUUCGACUGCGCGCGUUCUGGAGUCUGAUCAUUGCCAUGCAUAGCUUCUUGGUGUCCUUUGCGAUGAACCUCUUCACGCGUAUCAAGGGAAACAGAGGCCUGUGCUUCUUCUUCGUGGGCAUGAUGGGCAUCAUUCCGGUGGUCUACGACUGGCAAAUCAUCUACCAAAUCGCGGAGAAGUACGUGUACAACUGAGAAAAAAUUCAGUGCGACGCCUCACCAGGGCUUGCGGAACGGCGGGCCACGUCGUUCCUCGAUGAUAUGACAGGCAUAUGAUGUUUUCAGGAAUAAUUCAUGCACGGCUGCUUGAUUCUCACCAAAUGAAC